AUGGGCACUGGGAUAAGUGCUCAGACGGGCACGAGCCCAGCGGCGGCUCCGGGCGGCUCCGCGGGCCCAGCGCGGGCACACAGCGCCAUCUCCAGGCCACGGCCGGCAGGAGGCGGCGGCCGGGACCGCGGGGCCGGGCCGGGCACGGCGGGACCCAGCGGGGCAGGACGGGACCCAGGACGGGACCCAGCGGGGCAGGACGGGAUCCAGGACGGGACCCAGCGGGGCAGGACGGGAUCCAGCAGGGGCAGGACAGGACCCAGGACAGGAUCCAGAGGGGCAGGACGGGACCCAGGAUGGGACCCAGAGGGGCAGGACGGGAUCCAGCAGGGGCAGGACAGGACCCAGGACAGGAUCCAGAGGGGCAGGACGGGACCCAGGACGGGACCCAGCGGGGCAGGACGGGACCCAGGACGGGACCCAGCGGGGCAGGACGGGAUCCAGGACGGGACCCAGCGGGGCAGGACAGGAUCCAGAGGGGCAGGACAGGACCCAGGACAGGAUCCAGAGGGGCAGGACGGGACCCAGGAUGGGACCCAGAGGGGCAGGACGGGACCCAGGACGGGAUCCAGCGGGGUAGGACGGGAUCCAGCAGGGGCAGGACAGGACCCAGCGGGGCAGGACCGGACCCAGGACGGGAUCCAGAGGGGCAGGACAGGACCCAGGACGGGAUCCAGAGGGGCAGGAUGGGACCCAGGAUGGGAUCCAGAGGGGCCGGACGGGAUCCAGCAGGGCAGGACGGGAUAUAGCGGGGAUAGGACAGGACCCAGCGGGGGCAGGACGGGACCCAAUACGGGAUCUAGCAGGGGCAGGACAGGAUCCAGAAGGGGCAGGACGGGAUCCAGAGGGGCAGGACAGGACCCAGGACAGGAUCCAGAAGGGGCAGGACAGGACCCAGCAGUCCCUGCUCACCACCGUCCCUUCCCAGAGGAAGGCCUGUGGUGCCGCACGGCGCGCGCGCUGCGGGAGGACGAGCCCCUGAGCGCCUUGGUGGUGGCAGAGCCAGCAGCUGUCCCCAAGCCCGGGGUGAAGGCGGAGCCCGGCGAGUCCCCGUACCCGGCGGCGCUGCACUCGGACAUCCAGCUGCUGCCACAGCAGGCUGGCAUGGCCGCCAUCCUGGCCACCGCCGUGGUCAACAAGGACGUGUUCCCCUGCAAGGACUGCGGGAUCUGGUACCGCAGCGAGCGCAACCUCCAGGCCCACCUGAUGUACUACUGCGCCAGCCGGCAGAGCGCCGGCGCCGGCUCCCCGGCCCUGGACGAGAAGCCCAAGGAGACGUAUCCCAACGAGAGGGUCUGCCCCUUCCCACAGUGCAAGAAGAGCUGUCCCAGUGCCAGCUCCCUGGAGAUCCACAUGCGGAGCCACAGCGGAGAGCGGCCGUUUGUCUGCCUGAUCUGCCUGUCUGCCUUCACCACCAAGGCCAACUGCGAGCGGCACCUCAAGGUGCACACGGACACCCUGAACGGUGUCUGCCACAGCUGCGGCUUCAUCUCCACCACGAGGGACAUCCUGUACAGCCACCUGGUCACCAACCACAUGAUCUGCCAGCCGGGCUCCAAGGGUGAGGUGUUCUCGCCUGGAUCGGCCCUUCCCGCUGCCAAACCCCUCGCUCCUGGGCUGAGCCAGCCGAACAACGCGUCCCUGCGGAAGUGCAGCCUGAGCGCGUUCCUGCCCGAGGCGCUGCCAGCCCUGCCGCAGCACAUGGUGCUGCCCGGCCCCGACACCGCACCGGCACCGGUACCGGCACCGCCCGCCUCGCCCCCCGACCCCAGGGCUGGCAAACUCUCACCCCCAGCCCAGCCACAGAACGGGGAAGGGCCUUCAUCAGCAUCCUCCUCCUCCUCCACGUCCGGCGAGCCCGUGCGCGUCAAGGAGGAGCCGGCCGGCAGCCCGGCCAGCGAGGCGGAGGCGCCGAGGAGCGGGGAGGGGGCCGGCAGCCCCGAGGCCGGCUCCCGGACCUCGUCCCCCCGCAGCCUGUCCUCGGCCAAGGUCAAGUCGGAGCUCGCCAGCCCCACGCCGGGCUCCAGCCCCGUGCCCAGCGAGCCGGGCACGGGCACGGCCGGCGGCACCGUCUUCCUCCCGCAGUACGUGUUCGGCCACGAGGCCACGGUGGUGCCGCAGGCCUCGGAGAUCCUGGCGAAGAUGUCGGAGCUGGUGCACAGCCGGCUGAAGCAAGGCCACGGCGGCGCGGUGCCGCCCGCCAUCUACGCGGGCACGCCGGUGCCCAAGGGGGCCACCUGCUUCGAGUGCGAGAUCACCUUCAACAACAUCAACAACUACUACGUGCACAAGCGCCUGUACUGCUCCAGCCGGCACCUGGCCGAGGACAGCCCCCCCGGGACACGCAAGCUCAAAGCCACCCCCGGGGCACCCAAGGGUCCCCUCGCCCCGGGCACGCUGCUCUCCCCUCCGGCGGGCAACGGGCAGGGCCCGGCGGCGGGGGACGGGGACGCCGGCUGCGAUGCCACCCCGCCGGGCACCGCGCCGGAGGGCAAGGCGGAAGAGGGGGGCACCAAAGCGGGGUCCCCCGAGGCGGAGGGGGGCUCGGGGCGGUGCAGCGAGGACAGCCAGAGCCCGGUCAGCUCGGCGGGGGACGAGGGGGACGAGGACCCCAGCAAGACGCUGUGCGAGGCGUGCAACAUCCGCUUCAGCCGCCACGAGACCUACGUGGUGCACAAGCGCUUCUACUGCGCCUCCCGGCACGACCCUCCGCUGCGCCGCCCCGCCGGCCCCAAGGCGCCCUUCGUGCCGCAGCCGCUGCGCACCCGCAAGCGCCGCAGGCUCUACGAGAUCCACGGCGCCGCACGCCGCCCCGCCGAGCCCCCGCCGCCCACCGAGCCCCCGCCCGCCGAGCCGCCCGUCCCCGAGCCCCGCGCCAGCCCCGACGCCGAGGGUCCCAUCGACCUGAGCAAGAAGCCGCGGUGGCAGAGCGAGCCGCCACCGGCACCGCCACCGGCACCGCUGCUGCCCCUGGCCGACUACCACGAGUGCACGGCGUGCCGCAUCAGCUUCAACAGCCUGGACGCGUACCUGGCGCACAAGAAGUACCAGUGCCCGGCCACGCCGCUGCAGCCCCGCACGCUGGAGCACCUGCAGAAGAUGAAGGGCACCGUGGCCACCCCGCUCAAGGGCCGGCGCAGCCCCGGCAGCCCCGGCGAGGGGGACCCCGAAGGCGGCGUGCGGCUCAGGGCGACCCCGGCGGGGAGCCCCGGCGUGCCCUACCCCGGGGCGGACUCGCUGCAGCGUCACCCCAAGGGUUCCCUGCCACCGCCGGGGGCCAAGGGUCCCCUCUCCGCCUGUCCCUACUGUCCCCUCAACGGGGCCAUCAAGGGUGACCUCCUGGAGCACUUCCGAAACGCCCACGGGCUCUUCGUGGCCAAGCCGCCGGUGGUGCCGGGGCUGCCGGACGCGCCGGCCCCCGGUGCCAGCAGGACGCCCGAGCCCCCGCUGCCCGCGGCGUCCCCUCCGCGCCCGCCCGGCCCCCGCCUCCGCCGGGACAGCCUGACCGCCAAGGAGGGCCGGGACAGCCCCCGGCCCCCCGGCUCGCCCGGCUCGCCCGCAGCCCCCGAGGCGCUGCGGGAAGCCGCCCGCAAGCCCCCCACGCCCCCCGCCUACACGGACAGGGGGGUGCAGACCUCGCCGGGCAAGGCUGCGCCCGCCGCGGUGCCCAACGGCAACCACAGGUACUGUCGCCUCUGCAACAUCAAGUUCAGCAGCCUGUCCACCUUCAUCGCCCACAAGAAGUAUUACUGCUCCUCCCACGCCGCCGAGCACGUCAAGUAA